AUGACGGCGUGGAGCUACACGCACCGCAGCCUAGGUGAGGGCUUCGAGUUCUUGGCCACGGGCGGCUUCCUGGGCGUGCCGGACUGCCCGCAGUUGAUCGGCGAGUUCGUGGCUGAGCAGAGCCGCCUCCCUUCGUGCCUCGCAGUUCAAGACUGCCAUGUCUACCCGGUUCACAGGGGACAGCUGCACGCUCCCGGUGCACUCCCACAGCAUGUGCCGCAGCGUCGUUCUUGCUCCACACGCUUUACAGGCGUCGGAUGUAGAAAUGUCUGGGUAACAGAGGCGCAGGAUCACUGGGUUCGGUUCCGCAAGAAACAACUCAAAUUUGCGAAGAGUCGCAUUCACGACUGGGGACUGUUUGCUCUGGAGCCGAUUGCGGCCGACGAGAUGGUCAUCGAGUAUGUGGGCCAGAUGGUGCGGCCCAUCAUGGCUGACCGGCGGGAGCAGUUCUACACGCAGAUCGGCAUCGGGAGCUCGUACCUCUUCAGAGUAGAUGUCGAAACCAUCAUUGAUGCCACCAAAUGUGGCAAUCUGGCCCGGUUCAUCAAUCACAGCUGCAAUCCAAACUGUUACGCCAAAGUAAUUACAGUGGAAGGGCAGAAGAAGAUCGUCAUUUACUCAAAGCAGCCCAUCAACGUCAAUGAGGAGAUCACCUAUGACUACAAGUUCCCUUUGGAGUACGAAAAAUUUGUGUGUCUGUGUGGAGCGCCCCAGUGCAGGGGUUUCUUGAACUGAA